AUGGCUGCGACAGCGCCAGCAGAGAAGCCGACAAUUGCUUCCGCCCCUCAGCAACAGCAACAGCAACAACAACAGGAACAACAGGAUUACCAGCGGCAGCAGCAGCAACAGCAACAACAAAAACAAGGACAACCGCAGCCGACUCGACAACAAGUAGUUCAGCCAAAGCAGCAACCUCCACCGCUUCAACCACAACCGCAAUUCUCACAAUCGCCGACUCAGUCGAGAAAUUCGCAAUCGCAGUCGCCAGCACCGUCGCAAGCGCAAUCCCAGGGCCAGCAGCCGCCAUCGGCGUCGACAGCCACGGGCACAUCAACCGGCCAUAUGAGUUUCAGGAGGUUCGCUGCGAUGCCGCAAGCCUCGGUGUUCCGUGCACCAACUGUGUCGCCUUCUCCAUCGAAUGCCGCAUCCCAACCCCCAAACGCAAGAAGACGGCCGCCCAAAGCACCACCACUGCCCCAUCCAAGGACUCGGACAGGAGAUACCGAAGAACGGUCGCCGCACCAGGCCGGCACAAACAACACAUUCCCAGCCGGCACCCGACCUGCCGCGGCCUAUCACACCCAAGAGGGAACACCGACUACAUCCGCCAACGUCGAGGAACAGGCGAAAAAAGAAGAGUACGAUAAUGCAACUCUGGCCAACUACAUGAACCUCGUCAUGAAGCCCAAGUUUACCAGAGCACCGAUCACAGAGGCGGGGAGGGUAGCCUAUAUGGGCGAGUCCUCCAACCUCACCCUUCUCGUCCAUGACCGCCAAAGCGACUCGGAUGUGGUACACUAUCCACUGCCGGAAAAUGUACGGGGCAACAAGGCCAGGCUGUCAGAACUGGACAGUACCGAGAUUGAAAUCCUUCAUCAGCGAGGCGCUUUCCUGCUACCACCACGGUCUCUGUGCGAUGAGCUUAUCGAGUCGUACUUCCAAUGGGUGCACCCCAUAGUCCCCGUCAUCAACCGGACCAAGUUUAUGCGGCAGUACAGGGACCCCAAGAACCCACCGUCGCUGUUGCUGCUGCAGGCCAUGCUUCUCGCCGGUUCUCGAGUCUGCACCAACCCCCAACUUAUGGAUGCGAAUGGUUCUGCAGCGCCUGCCGCUCUUACCUUCUACAAACGAGCCAAAGCCUUGUACGAAGCGGGCUACGAGGACGAUCGCGUUACCAUUGUCCAGUCACUUCUCUUGAUGGGCUGGUACUGGGAAGGCCCUGAGGAUGUCACCAAGAACGUCUUUUACUGGAGUCGUGUUGCUACCAUUGUCGCACAGGGCUCUGGCAUGCACAGGAGCGUCGAGGGCUCGCAAUUGAGCAAAGCCGACAAGAGGCUAUGGAAGCGUAUCUGGUGGUCACUGUUCACAAGGGACCGAUCAACAGCCGUUGCGUUGGGACGACCUUGCCACAUCAAUCUGGAUGACUCGGAUGUGGAGAUGCUAACGGAGGACGACUUCAUCGAGGACGAGCCGGAUUGCCCAAGCGACUACCCACCGGAUGAGACCCACGUCCAGUUCUUCCUGCAAUACGUCAAGCUGUGCGAAAUCAUGGGACUGGUCCUCUCUCAGCAAUAUUCUGUUGCCUCAAAGGGCCGGGGAAAGAAUGCCAUCGAUCUGACGCACAGUGACAUGGCUCUUGCCGACUGGCUCCAGAACUGCCCAAAGAUCGUCUAUUGGGAAAUGCGGAACCACCACUUCUGGUCUGCGUUGCUUCAUUCAAAUUACUACACCACCCUAUGCCUCCUGCACAGAGCACACAUGCCACCGAGUGGUUCUCACAGGUGGCCUGAUGACUCGCCCUAUCCAUCGCGCAACAUCGCGUUUCAGGCGGCAGCUAUGAUCACCUCUAUCAUUGAGAAUCUCCAGUCUAACCAUCAGCUGCGGUACUGCCCUGCGUACAUUGUCUACAGUCUCUUCUCCGCGCUUAUCAUGCACGUAUAUCAGAUGAGGUCGCCAGUUGCCUCCAUUCAGCAAGUUACGCAAGACAGAAUACGGACGUGCAUGGCCGCUCUGAAAGACGUUUCCAAGGUCUGGCUUGUGGGCAAGAUGGUGUUUACCCUUUUUGAAUCCAUUCUUGGAAAUAAGGUUCUGGAAGAAAGGCUUCAGAAGGCGGCGGGCAAGAGACACCGUCGGAUGCAGCAAGGUCUUGCUCAUCUGGAACAACAUCAUCAGCAUCAGCAGAUUCAACAGCAGCAGCAGCAGCAGCAGCAGCAGCAGCAGCAGCAGCAACAACAACAACAACAACAACAACAACAACAACAACAACAACAACAACAACAACAACAACAACAACAACAACAACAACAACAACAACACCACCAACAGCAACAGCAACGUGUACAUGAACAGAAGCGUAAAUAUGAUGAGAUGGCCAUUGAUUUCAGCGUCAACACUCCCCAGCCCCAAGAAUCCUAUGAGCGCUCAAGGCCACAAACGCCAAGUCUGACGACCAAGACGGAGACGACGCCCAGCACGAUGCCGCCCCCUGUCACGUCACCCAAUAAUCAGAACGGUCAUCGUCCUCCGAAUGAUGCGUUUAUGGGCGGAACAGCUUCGAGGCCGCACACUCGACCCGCGACGCCGUUCAAUCCAUCCUUCUCGGUCCCAGCCACUCCACCAGAUCUGUACCUGGUGACGAGAAACUCGCCCAACCUGUCACAAAAUAUCUGGGAGAAUUUCCAGCCCGACCAGCUCUUCCCAGAAAGUACCAACAUGCCGCUCUUCACUCACUUAUCACCUACCCAACAGCAUUCCAGCCUGGAUCCCAACAUGAUGCAAAUGCCAAGCGGGCUUCCCAAUCAACCCAUUGAAUAUACACAGGGCGUGAAGCGCAACCUGGCCGGCAGUCCGUUGCCAAACAAUAAUAGCAAUGGGUUGCUGCAAGCAGGUGGAGGCAUGCCUGGUCAGGGCCAGGGUCAGCAGGGAGGAUAUGGAAAUAAUAAUACUAAUAGCUUCUGGAACACCAACUUUGACGGGCAGAUGGGCGGCAAUGGGGCGAAUGACGGGCAAAGCCCGAGUGACAGUUGGAGCAACAGCUCGGUGCAGGGACAGCCUGUUCCGUCGACGCUUAAUGUUGAGGAUUGGUUCCAAUUCUUCGGGAUCAAUACUGACCCAUCGCAGGGAUUCAAUCUUGACAUUCCAGAGCUGAUGAGGCAGUUGUAA